ACUAUGGACGAUAACUGUGGAUAAUCAAGGCUAUUCAAAAUGGCUGGGAUCAUGAACUCCUUUCUGAGAACAUCUCGAAUUCUUACAGUAAAAUCCAGCUUAGAAGGAAGUGUCAGUUCAUUGGUGUUUGGCAGAAAAUUUUCAGCAGACCAUUACACCUUCACGUUUGAGGUGCACUGUUGAUCAUGGGCUUCAUCGUUCACCUAAAUCCCAAUCUAGGUGACCAUGAACAUAUAAAAGCAGAGAAACGUGGACAGAAAAAUAAUGUGGGUUUCAUUCAGUUAAAUAGACCCAAGGCUUUAAAUGCUCUCUGUGAUGGCUUAAUGAAAGAAGUUAGCCAAGUUCUUGAUGAAUUUGAGAAAGAUAAAGAAAUUGGUUGUAUUGUUUUAACUGGUAGUGAUAGAGCAUUUGCAGCUGGGGCAGACAUCAAAGAAAUGCAGAAUCAGACAUUUUCAAAAGUAUAUGGUGGGAAUUUUUUAAAUCAUUGGAAUCGUGUAGCUGAAUGUAAGAAACCAGUAAUAGCAGCUGUAAAUGGUUUUGCUCUUGGUGGUGGCUGUGAAUUAGCUAUGAUGUGUGAUAUUAUUUAUGCAGGAGAAAAGGCUCAGUUUGGUCAACCAGAAAUCUCAUUGGGUACAAUACCUGGUGCUGGUGGAACACAGAGAUUGAUACGAGCUGUAGGUAAAUCUAAAGCCAUGGAACUUAUUUUAACUGCAGAUAGAAUAAAUGCACAAGAUGCACAAAGUUCAGGUUUAGUAAGUAAAGUAUUUCCUGUAGAUCAGCUGGUAACAGAAACAAUUAAACAAGCUGAAAAAAUAGCUUCUUUCUCUAAAUUAACAGUUGCUAUGUGUAAAGAAGCUGUCAAUGCAGCAAAUGAAAUGUCUUUAAGAGAAGGCCUCCAUUUUGAGAAAAGAGUGUUCCAUGCAACAUUUGCUACAGAUGAUAGAAAAGAAGGAAUGUCAGCAUUUGUUGAAAAACGACCAGCUAAAUUUACUGAUAGUUAGAAUAACAUAAUAAUGUACUUAUGUAAACAUCGUUAUCUAGACUAUUGGUAUAAAUCAAAACACUGUAAGAGAUAAUAAAGUGAUUAAUUGCUGUGCAAGAUUAAUAAUAAAUAUGUUGCAUUAUAACUGUGAGGUAGAUAAGAACUGAAAGUUAUGUAUUUCCCAGUAACAGAUAAAUGUACAUGUUUCUGUUCUUUGUGACAGUUAAUGUGCUUUCCAAAUAAGGACAACAUUGUAUGUUGAAUAUUUUAAAAUAAAUUUUUGAGAUCAAUAAAAAGCUUCCAUUAACAGUAA